GUUAGUGUUGUGUGUGCCGGUGUGUGUGUGUAUGUGUGUGUGGUGGGCAGAGCCCUUCCAUGACUGCUGUUGUGUGAUAUUGACUCUAGUGCCACCACGUGUUGUAAUUCCUUAAAGUGACAGGUGCCAAGGGAGCGAAGGCCACAGAUGUUACCUCUGCCUGUAAAAGUGAUAAAAACCAGAUAUUGAAACAGUGAGAAGUGAUAAGUGUAAAAUGAUUCCAGUGUCAGGAGAGGAACAGGCGUGAGAAAAGCAAGUAACACAAGUGCCAGUAAUUGUUAAACAGUGCCAGAAGUGAGAAGACUUACGUUACAAGUGAUAAUGGCGGGGCUAGGCACUAGGUUGGCCGCUCUCGCCACCUACGAGAACUUGGGUCACCAGGAACCCUCACUAGGUACCCUUACAGGCGACGACCCCAGCCCCAGCGAAUGCACGGAGCUUGUGGGUUCUACGCGAUCGCGAGUAUGGAGAAACUUACUCUUGGGCACAGUGGGUGUCAUGCUUGUUGUGGCCGCUGGCAUUGCUACAAUUAUCAUCACACGAAGGCCUACCACCAUAGUUCCGGAGACAUCUGCAUUAACGGCUACUCCAGGUGGUAUAGAUUUAGCAGAGGUACUAAAUGGAACCUUCUCUACAGAGUCUUUCAACGGCACAUGGAUCUCUGAUAAUGAGUUCUUGUACCGUACGGAAUCAGAAGCCCUCAACAUUUUUAUUGUAGACACCCAGGCUUCUACAGAGUUGGUUAGCGAAGAUGUCAUGGGUGAAUGGCGGCCCUUCAAGUACAGUCUCUCACCGAGUAGGAAGUACCUGCUUAUGGUCCAUGAUGUUCAGAAGUUGUUCCGCUAUUCCUACCUGGCUCGUCAUACCAUUCUUGACCUGGAGACUGGGAAAACAAUCCCACUUGCUCCAACUCGUGUGAGAUCAAGAAGCGACCAGCCACCUCUACUGUUUGCCACAUGGGCACCCACUGAUGAUGCUCUGGCUUUCGUCUCUCACAACGACUUGUAUUACACCACUGGCCCUGAUCUAGACACCAUGUAUAGACUGACUGACACUGGACAGAUUGGCAGCAUCUUCAAUGGCAUUCCUGAUUGGGUGUAUGAAGAGGAAAUUCUAAGCUCAAAUUCUGCUCUAUGGUUCAACUCCAAUGGUCGACGCCUGGCGUUCGCUACCUUUAAUGAUUCUCGUGUAGACACAAUGAACUUCCCUCUCUACGGUCGCCCUGGAGAUUUGGCAUUCCAGUACCCUAUUCAGCAGUCCAUCAAAUACCCCAAGCCUGGCCGCUCCAAUCCUGUGGUGGAUCUAUGGGUGGUAGACCUUGCUAAAUUGGUCAGUGGUAGUGCAGAAACUGUGACUCGCCUGCCUCCUCCUGACUCUUUAUCCUCUGCUGACCAUUACUUCACUGCUGUUGGCUGGGCUACUCCUGAUAAAGUUUCUAUUAUGUGGAUGAACAGACAUCAGAAUGUGAAUACCCUUAGCAUAUGCUUGGCAGACACUGGUGUGUGUAGUGAUGAUUUGGUUCAUGAGUCGCCAGACCAUGCCUGGAAUGAUUUCUAUACUCCACCUACAUUUGAUGAUAUUAAUGGUGACACAUACCUCAUAAUCAUGCCCACAGAUCAGGGAGCAAAAGGAAAUUUCAAACAUAUCAAUCUUCGGAGAUCAUCGGACAAAACCUUGAUUCCUUUGACAACUGGAACUUAUGAAGUUGUGGAAAUUCUCUCCUGGGACCAAAAUAAUCACAUCAUAUAUUUCUCAGCUGCUCCUGCUGGAAAACCUGGUCAACGACAUAUGUAUUAUGUAGGGGAUCUAAAUUCAACUCAACCCAAACAAGCAUAUUGCAUUACUUGUGGCUUCAAAAAUGACUUUAAUGAAGAUUGCAAUUACAACAGUGCUGAUAUGAGUGAAGAAAGUACCUAUUAUGCACUGACAUGUAAUGGGCCGGGAAUACCACAAGUAACUCUGCAUCGUUCUUCUGACCACUCACGACUCCUGCUGCUGGAGGAUAAUCAAGAGAUUCGGAUUAAACUUCUAGAUCGAUCUUUACCUUUGGAGAAACGUCUAGAAAUUGAUGUAGAGGGUGGAUUCAAGGCCCAAGUUUCCAUGAAGCUGCCACCAGAUUAUAAUCCAGCUCGUUCCCAGUCGUACCCCAUGUUGGUUUAUGUGUAUGGUGGUCCAGGUUCCCAAUUGGUUAGUGAUAGAUUUAAAAUUGAUUGGGGUGAUUAUUUGGCAUCUGAGCAAGGAAUUAUAUAUACAUCAAUUGAUGGCCGUGGAUCUGGAUAUGCUGGAGAUAAACUUCUCCAUACACUUUAUUAUGGUUUAGGAACAGGUGAAGUUGAUGACCAGAUUGCUGUUACUGCUGCUCUUCAGAAGUCCUUCCCAUACAUUGAUUCUUCAAGAACUGCUAUUUGGGGAUGGUCGUACGGUGGCUAUGUGACUGCCUCAGUUCUGUCAAAAGACUUUAGUAAUAUUUUCAAGUGUGGUAUUUCAGUGGCACCUGUUACAUCCUGGAUUUAUUAUGAUACAGUUUAUACUGAGCGAUAUAUGGGCCUACCAACACCAAGUGACAAUUAUGCUGCUUAUGAAUAUUCUGAUGUGACUAGGAAUGUGUCCAACUUCAGAAACAAAGAAUUCUUCCUGAUACAUGGAACAGCUGAUGACAAUGUACACUACCAGCAGUCUAUGAUGCUGUCCCGAGCUUUGGAGGUUGAAGAUAUUCUCUUCAGAUCGCAGAGUUAUCCAGAUGAGAAUCAUGGCUUGGCAGGUGUAAAGAGGCAUCACUAUCACUCCAUGGAAGAUUUCCUCAAUGAUUGCUUCAACAGGACCUAACAGUUAUUAAGAUCAGAACUCCAGGGCUAUCUUGUCUUAUAUCAUGCUAGCUUUCUAAAGGAUGCAACCAUUAUUUUGGUUUUUAAUUAGGCAAGAAUGUGCAUUUUAAAAUGGGGAUAUUAGUGCAAAAUAAGAAUUAUUAGUACCUCCAAGAGUUUGAGCAUUAUUUAUUUUAGUCACAAUAUUUAGUUACAUUCCAUUAUAAAUUCAUCAUUCCAGAUUGAAUUGUAAUUAGGUAAUUAUAUCUACUUUAUAAUUUUUUUUUUUGUGUAAAUAUUGACAACAGCAGUAAAUGCUGAAUGUAAAGUGUAUAGCAUUAAAUUGUUCACGAGAUUAAAUAAAUGUAUUUAUAUACAAGAAACUGAUGCAGCACUGCAUCUGAUAGCAUGUUGCCAACUAGUAAAACUGUUAGCAAGUCUUUGUAGAUAACUAUCUUCAUAAUAGUGGUAUACAAUACCAAUAAAUUAAUGCCAUGUACAACACACACACACACACACACACUUAAAUGUGAGGCUUCAGUCCAUUACAGAAGUGACAAAAAAAAAAAAAAAAGUGGAGGUGAUGUUAAGGUGUUCAGCUUUGAGGGCAUGAACACCUCAAAAUUACCUUUCCACCAUUGUCUAGUUUAAAAGUUGCUUUUUGGACUGAAGUCUACACAAGUGAAAUGUUUCAGCAAUACAUGUAUAGAUAUCCAGAUGUUGCAAGUGUCUUAUUCAAGACUUGUCAAGCUAAGUCAAAAUUUUUAGCUAAAAAAAUGUUUACUACAAAGUCAAAGGUAAAACUCUCAUACAUAGACGAUUACUUUUUUGUGUGUAUAUGGGGGGUGGGGAGAAUACUGUUGGCAUAGUAUAGCAAUUACAAGUAGCCCUAUAAAUACACUUCUAGAAGAAAUAAAUUUAUUUUAAAUACCAGUAAA